AUGACAAAAGAACCAGGUUCAACUAGGCCAAGGCCUCGUAACGUAAAACCCGAGUCAAGUUCCUCUAAAUUUGCUUCCGGAAUAGAAACUGAUACUCGCUCAACAAAAUCAAGUUCUUCUUCUGCGUCUGCUCGGACUGCAAAAGCCACCAUAAGUUAUCACCACCGUUCGGCAAUACCGUAUUGCCCACUCGCGACGACGGCUUUUAUCGCCUUUUUAUUCGUCCGAUUAUUUGCCGCUUUACUCUCAAAUAUAGCUGAUUGUGACGAGGUUUUUAAUUAUUGGGAACCAACGCAUUACUUACAAUAUGGAUACGGAAUGCAGACGUGGGAAUAUUCGCCGACGUAUGCAAUUAAAAGCUGGGCUUAUAUUCAGUUACAUGCACUUAUUGGCAAUGCUUUUAACUUUUUAUUCAAUCACGAUAAGGUUAAAGUAUUUUACGCCAUACGCGUGAUUUUCGCUGUGAUUUGCUCAAUUUGUGAAACGUUAUUCUAUCGCUCAGCAGUAAAUAAUCUAGGCCCACGUGUCGGCCGUUAUUUAAUACUCACAAUGUUGAUUAGUGCUGGGAUGUGGAAUGCUUCAAUCGCGUAUCUCCCCUCGACUUUUGCAAUGUAUACAACUAUGAUAGCAUUUUUUUAUGCUCUUAAGCCGGUAUCAACAACUUCUGGAGGAAGAAUUUAUCGUACAAUUUUUUGGGUUGGUCUAGGAUCUCUAUUAGCAUGGCCUUUUAGUGCAGCGGUUGGUAUACCUGCAGCUAUCGAAGAAUUGAUACCUCUUGUUUUAAUUGACUAUAUUUUUUAUAAAAAAUUCACCAUAGUUUCAUUAAACAUUGUAAUGUACAAUGCUUUUGGCGGAAAAGACAAAAGUCCUGACAGUUAUGCUACUGAACCAUGGCACUUUUAUAUUUUGAAUGGCUUUCUGAACUUUAAUUUUUUGUUUUUUAUGGCUCUUAUAAGCAUACCGGGUUUAAUUCUUACUUAUUUAGUCGAUCCUGGACGUAUUUCAUCCACAUCGACAGCUGGACCAAUAUAUGCUUAUCUUUAUCUCGCCUUUCGACUUAUGCCAUUUUAUUUAUGGCUUUUUAUAAUUAUUAUACAACCGCACAAGGAAGAACGGUUUUUGUUUGUAAUAUAUCCUCUUAUUUGUCUAAACUCAGCAGUUGCAUUGUUUUUAAUAAGAGGAUGGUUUGAUCGAACAUUAGUGUUUUUAUCCGAUGGACAUUUACCUUAUUCACGCGCUCGAAGAUAUUGCAUGAAAUUGCUUACAACUUUUAUUAUUGUCAUUUGUGGAACAAUUUCAUUCGCGCACAUCGCUGCUUUAUAUUUUCACUAUGGUGCACCAAUGACUAUUUAUAAACAUUUUUAUUAUGUUGAGAUUCCUAGUCAAAUUGCAGCUCGCCAGUUACAAGUGGAUUUAUUAAAUAAUCCAAUUAAUCUCUGCAUAGGAAAGGAAUGGUACCGAUUUCCGAGCCAUUACUUUUUACCGGAAGGAGUGCGUUUGAGAUUUUUAAAAUCCGAUUUCAACAGACAAUUACCAAAAUAUUUUUUAGAAAAAACUUAUGUUGAUUCUAACAACAAAACGAAAUUGAGUGCUGAGCGUGAAGGAACUUGGACAAUUCAAGAAGGAUUUAAUAAUUACAAUUUAGAAGAAGUGGAUCGAUAUUGUGAUUAUAUUAUCGAUCUGGAAAUGGAUUAUACAAGGACAGUAUCAGAUAAUGCCUAUGAAGAAAGCUAUAUAACUCAAACUGAUCAAUGGAGUGAAGUUAUUUGUAGGCCUUUUUUAGAUGCAGAAAACUCUAAUUCAAUUACAAGAGCAUUCUAUCUGCCACCAAUUGCUUGGCAAAAACUGAAGCAAUUUAUUAGUUAUUUACCUGCUAGGUUGACUAAUAAUAGCGUGACAUUCAACACGUUAGGAAACCUGAAAUGGGGAGAUUAUUGUUUAUUACGGAGAAAAAAUGACACUGAACUGAUAGACGUAGAGAAGGAUUGGACAGUAAUUCCGAAAAUUCGUCUUUAUGUUGAAAAUUGGUAUUGGAAAUAUAUCAAUUUGUAA